GCGACCGUUCGGCAGUUCGGCUCGGCUCGGCAGUCGCAGGCGAGUCCGACUUUCGUGUGGAUGCCCCCGCGCCUCUUGCCGCUGCAGUCCUUGUGUUAUGGUGCACGGAGCUCGGUUUAACGGUAUCGCGAUUUCCAUGGUGAUUCAGCGAUUCCCACACGAUUCCCAGUGGCCGACAAUCGGUUACCAGAUUCCAGGAGCGAUCUUCCCUUCCUUCAUGGAGUUCCAGUUGGAUAGCGCAGAAUAUUGCCAGGCUCAACACAAGUAGACGGGCGUUGCAGCUCUUCCUCGGCGUGCAGCCCGCCGACCAGGACUAGAACGGCCAGGACCCAGUGAUUCGCACCCGAGCUCAGCCGAGCGCGCGGACGUGGAAGAGGACCUCCGCUUCUCUUCUGCUCCGUCAGGACGGCUCUGGGACUGGACUCAUGGGGUGAAGCUCUGGACCGGGCCGACGAGAAGGCUGCCUUCAUCAUCAUCCUCAUCCGUUCAUCUCGAAAAUUCGCCCUUUUCGCGCCAAAAGCAACCUUUCGCCGCGUCUGCCGAAGAUCUCCUCGCCGCCAAGUGGCCGACUGACUGGCCGACGACAAGGACCCUGACCUUGAGUCUGCCGACGGGCCGUGCCCUGCUGCCCUGUACAGUGUGAUAAAAAUUACCAGUGUGUGUGUGCGUGUGUGUGUCAGAGUGUGCGUGUGUGUGUAUCGAGAACCAAGAGACUGGAGUGUCAAAGUGUGUGAAGGAAGACAGUUGUAGUUGCAUAUCAGCCAUCCAAGAAACUUCCGGCUAUUUUUAUUUGACUAUUUUUGUAGGGAGGACAUUGGUUGUUUUGUUUUUACUUGUAAGAACUGUGAGUCCCAGUGGGGACGCUGUCAUUGUCAGUGGUUCACGAGACAGUGCCCAGGAGAAGCGUUGUUUCUUUCCUUCUGUGAUUUAGUUCGGAAAUGAGCAGCAACAUGCGGUCCAAGGACAUUCGCCCCGCCCCGUGCGAGAUCGAGUACAAGGGAAUGAAGUUCCUCAUCACCGACCGCCCGUCGGACACCACCAUCAAGGCCUACAUCCAGGAGCUGAAGAAACACAAGGUCAGGGAUGUGGUGCGGGUAUGUGAGCCAACAUACAAGGUGGAGGAACUUCGAGAGGAAGGAAUUAGUGUUACUGAUCUAGCAUAUGACGAUGGCACAUCUCCUCCCACUACGGUAGUUGAUGAGUGGUUUGAGCUCUUGAGAAGACGUUUCAAGGACACCCCUGAUGCCUGUGUUGCUGUACACUGCGUCGCUGGUUUGGGCAGAGCACCUGUCUUGGUUGCCCUUGCACUUAUUGAGCUGGGAUUGAAGUAUGAAGAUGCUGUGGAGAUGAUACGACAGAAGAGACGAGGGGCUAUCAAUGCCAAGCAGCUAGCCUUUCUGGAGAAGUACAGGCCGAAAUCUAGACUCAAAUUAAAGAAUGGUCACAAGAAUUCAUGCUGCAUUCAGUAAUCCAAAAAUGUAUCAGCACAGAAAAGUCACAACUUUGAUUUCAUUUUAAAAGCUUCAGUUGUUCUUUGUUCACACCACUACUAAAAUUUGAAGUCAAUUCUGAUUCCUUAUCUCUAAGCCAUUUAUAAACACCAAAUUGAUUCAGGACACUUAAAAGAAAAUUGUCAUGAAUUUUUUUGGACAAGAAAAAUUAAUGGGAGGUUUAAAAAAAAUGUUUCAUUGGUUUUUAUUGUGUCGAAUGAUUUGGUUAUGGAUAGGAUGUAUAUUUUAAUAGCUUUAUUUUUUGUUAAAACUUUUAGACUUGUUUAAGGAAUAUGUAAAACUCAAGUUAUAAAAGCAAGGGUACUUGUCUGGGUUGUUGAUGUGAAGAGAUUCAGUUCUUACCUUGUGUUGAAAUUAGAUUCUGUCAAUCUUGUUUUCUUAUUUAUUUUGCAGACAGUAACUAUGUUUGUGAUGAUUAGCCAGAGAAUACCAUAGUUAGGUAUUUGUACUUAUUGCAGAAAAUGUCUUUUAUUUAGUAUUUUUAUUUUGAGAGCGGUCUGUGUAAGAUGCUUUUCUGUCCAAUAUUUAAUUUCCCUCGCUGUGCUGUAAAGUAACAACUAGCAAGUUCCUCAUUGAAAGAAACCUCCGGUUUAUUUUUUUCUAGCCUUUUGUGGUCAUUGCUUCUUUGUGCAAAAAAUAAUAAUCUCAAAACGAAAACAAAAUGAGCAUCUUUGCGUUAAAGAAAUCAAUGCAUAACCUAGUCAGCCAUUAAUGUCUGGAACUUAUUUGGAAUUUUUGAAUAUUUUCCCUUGAUGGUUGGAUUUUAGAUAAAGUUGCUUGGCGUUUUGACUUUGCAUUCAUGCAAACUUUCAUCGACUGAACCAGAUUAUUUUAUUAUGAGCUUUUCUUCCAGCCUGCAAACGUACAGCACUGACCGGAAUGAAAUAUCUCAUUAACUUUGUACAAUGAAUAACACUCGGCUAUUUAAGACUGACAGGAUUAAGUCUUAUUCUGUGACAUUUUUUUUCUGAUCAAUCAAUCAAUCAAUCAAUCCAAUCAAUCAAUACUUUAAGAGGGAAACCACAUGGCAAUUUUAUCCCUGAAAAUAUUUUUGAGAAACUUAAAUGUUCCUGCCUUGUUCCUUGUGACUCCUCAGGUUUGCAUGUGACUGUAGCUGAUAUUGCUAAAUGUCUCUUCAAUUUAAGGUUUCUUUGGUUUUCACUUUUCUAUGCAAGGUUAAAACCGUAGUUCUGCAUGAAUCUUUAAUGUUUCUAGAAUGUGGUGUUCACUGCGCAUUGUCCCUUUGUAUCUUUGUCAGAAUGAGCAGAUUAAAGCCAAAAGUAGCCGAAUUUUUCUUGUCAUUGUUGAAGCACUGCCAAAAGAUACAAAAUAUGCAUUGAAAAGAAAUGGGUUGCCACAUUCUAUGCAUGCAUACUUGUACUGUUUUCUUGCUAAGUAGCUCAUUUAAUUUAAAUGAGUUAGAAAUGUCUCUGCUGUGACUUCAAAAAACAUGAAUGUGUUCUGAGGCAGGAUGGUCUCUAGCUUGUAAGGAUUUAUUUUUCUUCUCUUCAAUUUGGACCAAGUUAAUUUAACAAUUGAUGAAAUGGAUUAUCUUAGUAGCUGCAGUGUGCCAUCAAUCUUCAUUCAGAGGAAAUCUGCUGUGCUCUCCUCUGUUUUGUAGGAUCAAUCUCUUUUGUUAUAAUUUUGAUUGGAAAGAUGCAGUUCAGUUCAUAGGAAGAUGUUGGUGGUUGCUAUACAUCACAGUAGAUAAGACAUUUAGCAACUCAAUAAACAAAAAGGAAAGAAAAGGAGUAAUGAAAGGAAAUUAUAGAAUUAGUAUGAAAUCUCUUAUAUGGAGACAUCCAAUCUCUUAUAGAACUGUCAUCCCUCUCCUUCCCGCUGAUAUCAUGACUAUCUCUAAGUGUAAUGAUUGUACAUUAUCCUGAAAAAGCUUUCAAAAAGUUUAUAGAGGAAAAAAAUUUUUCAUGGUUGAAAAUUUUAUAAAAAUUGUCAUGCCCUGGAAUCCAGUAUAGAUUUUAGCAUGACUUCAAAACUAAAACUAAAAAUGUACGCCUGUAACAAUAUCAGUAAAGAUACGUCAAAAAGAAAUAAACGGAAAAAGAUUCAA